GUAUUCUGAAUUUACGUGUAAAAUCGAUCCUGCACUCGCAAAAUCAUGAAAAUGUGGAUGCUACUAGUCAACAACACAUUUUGACGAUUGCAAAAUAAGUUUUCGGAAGGUAGGCCUACCCUGCAGAAAUAGCCUAGUGUGGAAGAAGGUUGAUAGAACGAUACACGUCGGGCAACACAUAUAAAACAACAGCAUGCCUUCGAUGUGGCAGAACCUGCGAGGGCGCUUUGACCGCAGCAAAAACCCGGCAUGGGGUCGGGGAGUGUCCUUACUGUACGGCAUGGGGGUUUGGACCAUGCUGGGGGUGCUGUUCCUCAAAUGGAUGCAAGGUGCCGACAGCUUCGGGGCCACCCACCUGGGAGUAGCACAGGAAACCUUCCAGGAAAUGUCAGAAGAGGAAAAAAACGAGCUCAUCAAGAACAAGAACCAGGCCACUUGGAAAAGACAACAGGAGCUGGCUGAGCACGUCGCGGAAAACGUCUACAAACCGGUGGAUUUUAUGGGAUGAUAUUCUUGAAAGGAAAAACGGACAAGGCUAACUCUUUUUUAAUACGAGGUUGAGCUGAGAAGGUGGAUGGUAUUGGAUUUGAACUUUCAUUCUGCAGAACAAUGUAUUGAUGCUGUACCAACCAGAGCUGUAUAGAAAAUGUCUACAAACCAGCAAAUUUCAUAGGUGAAACUCUUGAAGGGGAAACGGACAAUGUUAAUUCUUAUCAAAUACGAAGUAGAACAAAGAAACUGAAUGGAACAGGAUUAGAACCUGCAAGCUGAAGAACGAUGUACCAGUGCUGUACCAACCAGAGCUGUGCAGAAAAUGUCUAUAAACCGGUGAAUUUCUUACAUGAAAUUCUUGAAGCGGCAAUGGACAAUGCUAACUCUUAUCAAAUACAAGGUAGAACAAAGAAACUGAAUGGAACAGGAUUUGAACCUUUGAGCUGCUGAACAUUGUACCAGUAUUGUACCAACCAGAGCUGUGCAGAAAAUGUCUACAAACCGGUGAACUUCUUAGAUGAAAUUCUUGAAGAGGCGAUGGACAAUGCUAACUCUUCUUAAAUACGAGGUAGAACAAAGAAACUGAAUGGAAAAGGAUUUGAACCUUUGAGCUGCUGAACAUUGUACCAGUGCUGUACCAACCAGAGCUGUCCAGAACACGUCUACAAACUGGUGGAUUUCACUGGAAGCAAUUCCCGAAAGGGAAACGGACCUGGCGAACUCGUCUCAAAUACGAGAAUAGGCUCCAGAGAAACUUAGAAACAGGCAACCACACAUUGAGAGCAUUGUGGAGGAAGAGUUUCAGAAACUUAUAACCGCAUCAUCAUCAUCCGGGCAGGGAAUGAGUGCAGACGACUUGAACAAAGUGUCCAGCCUGCUGGAGUCCAGUGAUCUCAUCAGGGGCUUCCUAAGAAGCAACUUCCUUCAAAUCCUCUCCUCUGUUGCCCUAACUCUAUGCUGUGAGGUAGAGACACAGAGCACACCGGACACCGGCUGUGUUCAGCCCAGCAGAGUACCGGCUAUGGAUGCAUGUUACCAAGCAGCCAAGGUGUUUCUGCAAAUGUGCCAGCAUGGCCAGGAUGAUCUUCAACCGUUACUAUGGGAACCAAGUAACGGUUGUCAUGAGGACCUGUAUCUGAUUAUUUCAGGUCUACUCACUCUGUUGGAGGAUCAGCGGUUUUCCAAAGACUGUGGUCUGAUGGCUGGUAGUUCCCUAGCCAUGAUGUUGAACUCGGCCCCUGACCCAAGACAAGCUGCAGUGGCUGUAGCUAACCUACUGGACAGAUAUUCAAGACAACAAAGUGACAGAGGCCCCCAGACCUUACAGAUUGGACAGUUUGUGCUGAGUGCCACACCUAUGGAGCCCCUCCCACCCUUGAAGCCACUCCCACCUUCUUCCAUGAUGUUCCCUCAGCUUGCCGUUACUAGAGGCGUUCUAACGUGCUGCAACAAGGCGAUACUGUUGGAAGAUGUGUCGGCCAAUCAAGAGCACCAUCUCCUUUGCACCGAGGUACUCUUUCCUGUGGUGUGUGAUUUAUGCAAGGCGGCGGAUGGGGAGUUGAAAUAUCAUGCAAGCGAAGCUUUGAAACUUUACCUUCAAGCCCUGAAGCCCCUCCUUCCGACCCUCCUCAGAGAGUCGAGCCAUCCUCGGCUUUUUGGCCCGGACACGGCCCAUACUCGGGCUGUCUUGCAGCUAGUGUGGCAGGAGUGGCAGAGUCCAGUGGAUGGAGUGGCUGAAAUGAUCCGGUCAGCCUUGACCAACUUACUGGACCUACACCAUCAGGAGAACAAGGGGAGAGACAGUGAGAACUCUCAGCUGCUAGACUCCAUCACCAGCAGUCUCCUGAACACAGCGUGGCACGUCAAGGGCCGGUACCACCUCCUGACUAGUAUAGUACCCCGCAUCAGCGCCCUCCAUCUCCUGCAAACUCGGCCGAACCUCCCCAAGGAACUCCUGCGCUGUCUGGGGACUAACUAUCUUGCCGCGGCAGCCACGGAGCUGCACAAUGCGCUGGUACGGAGGCUAAAGGAGGAGGUUGUCACAAAGAGGAGGGAGACUGGAGGACAGAGACUAGGAGAUGAUAAGGAGAUGUUGGCAGAGAGAUGGGGAAGCCUGUGGAAAGAUGUAAUGCUGGAAGGGAUAUGCAGCGAUGAUAGCUUGGUGAGAUACCACACUGCCAAGUACUGGCUUCCUGCUGCCUUGAAGAGCUUCCCCGGUUGCUUUCACUUCCUCAUGAGAGAGUUGGUCAAAGCAUCAACAGACCAGCCUUUGGAAAAACAAGUUGAUGAAGCUGACGUCAGACAACUACAUGCGCGCAUCGUCCUUCUCAAAUACGCAAGGAUCAACAGCCUGCUGGAUGCUGAUUGGUUUGACACAUAUCACAACACCAUCUCAGCUGGACUCUGGCACACAGAGGAUGAAAUCCAAGCAGACGCCUUUGCUUGUCUCUGCUGCUCCCCAAAGAAAUCAGAGCUUCCCUCGGAUGCGGAGAUGCGCUUGUUCCGCGAAACCCUACCUCACUUCCUGAACUCGGACUCGGCAGCCUUCCGCAACCAGCUGCGACACAACACGGGCGCGUUCGUCGCUAGGACGUGCGACGGCGGUCUAGUGCUGGUGAAACAUCUCAAAAAACUCAGGGCAAAAACGGAGAUAAGAAAUCUCCAUCAGGAGAAGGAUGACACAAAAGUAGACAGUGUAGAAAAACCGAAAAGAAAUGCUGCAGGUGUCAAGAAAGGACUCUCUGAAAUUGAGAAAGAGCAGGUGUCAGCUCUUAAGGAAAGACUCCUCCAAGCACUGGACUGCCUGGAUUGGUUAGCUGAAGUCUGUUUUGUGUCUCUGUUCCCCGGAGCAUGCUACCAACGGAAGCGGACAGCCCAUGAUAUUCUAGGAGUUGUAUUUGAAGCUUUGCUGGGUGAUAAGCAGCAGAAGUCCAAAGAUACUUCUUCAGAGAAUUUGAUGGCAUGGGCUUUAGCCCAUGGAAAAUGCAACUUGCUCUCUGCAAGGAAUGCAUCUCUACUCCUAGAAUGCAUCCAAGAUGGCUCCAACGACCUGAGGUCAUCGUCAUACCAUCUCCUCUCCACCUACUACCCAGCUGCUCUACCCUCCUCCCCUGCCUACCCACAAACCUCCUCCUCCCAAGUCAUGUGCCUGGCCUUGCAGCUGGUGUCUAGCCCCAAGGUGCAGGAGAGCGAGGCAGGGGCACUGCUCACCAAGCGGAUAUUCUACAAACACUCAGUGGUCAAGUGCCUCAAGAAACUUGACAGUGACCUCAGCACCCCUCCCGGCUCGCCGGUCAAAUCCAACGGCCCCUCUGCUGAGAAUGGACCGGUCCAUUUUGUGGAGAGUUUGUUAACGAGCCUGGCGUACCAGUUGAAGUGCUGCAAGAAAAACCUGCUGCAGGCUGCAGCGGUUACACCCAUGCACGGUUUGAUACGUGCCAUCCGAAGGUGCGUGACUGACCAUCCAUCCACGCUGGAGUGCAUCUUUGCAUCAGACCCUACCAACUGGUCCACCCUGAUGCAGAAACUCCUGGCCACAGUUCAAGACAUCACUGGCUUCAUCCUCCUCAUAUUGUCCGGCCGAGACACGGCGAGCCCCGUCACGGAGGAGAAUCGGGCUUCGACGACGAUGAUGGCGCCCUCAUUUGGCCAGAUGGGAGAGGCCAUCGAGAAGCUGAUAGCUGACCUAGCGGCCUACCGGGUUGGGGAAGGGGAGGAGUCAGGGGAAGGAGGGGGAGGCGGAGGAGAGGAGAUGCUGGCACUGUCUGAGGAGCAUCAGCUGAUUCUGGCCUGCUGCUGGCUCAAUCUCAAGGAAUGUAGUCUACUCCUUGGAGCUUUGGUGGAAACCAUGCCGCUGUGCGGUGAAGAUGACCCGGGUAUCUUGACCUUUGACCAGCUGACCCUGAUGGCCGACAUCUUGGUGGAUGUCCUGACCAGGUGCCGGCACAAGGGUGCUAUUGAUGGCUGCAACCAGGGCUUUGCCAAGCUGUGCUCUCGUCUGCAGGCCAGUCACUGCCCCAAGCUCCAGGCCAUACCCAAGACCAUUUUGGACAGGGUUCUAGGGAUGGUCACUCAAGUAGGGGCCGGGUCGUCGUUUACCAAGAAGAGUGCGGGGCUCCCCCUGUUGGUGGAGUCUAUCGUCAGUGCUGAGCCCCGGGGGCGUGAGAGACCCUUACUGACCUACGUCAUGAGGCAGCUGAUGGACAUAGCCAGCCAGCCCCUCCCACCCGACCCCAAUGACAGGCUGGACCUACCCCAGGCCCACGCCCUCAACGUCAUGAUGGCACUCUUCCGCUGCUCCGCGGUGGGCACUGAUAUUUUAAGGCAUUGCUCCUCGGCGGUGGAGAUGGCCAUUGGUGGGUUUGCCUCGCCCUGCUGGAUGAUCAGGAAUUGCUCCAUGAGACUAUUUGGCACUCUGAUUGCCCGCAUAUUCGGACAGAAGAAAGUUCAGGACGAGCACUCCCAAAUCAACGCCAUGUCAGCGGCCACAUUCUUCACCCGCUACCCGACACUGAAGCAGUUCCUCCUUAAGGAGUUGAAGAAGUUCAACCGUGGAGGGGCGGAGCCAGGGAGCGAGGAUGAUGGGGUGAUGAGGUCAAAGGUCACAGAUGAGGAAAGAGGGCCAGAAGCCCUGGGACAGGAGCAAGGCAGAGAGGAUGUUUUGAGCUGUACUGAUGACACAGGCCUUGAGAUUCUAAGAGAUGCGCGCUUCCAGGAGGGCAGGGUAGAGUGCAGAGGGGAGAAGGGAAGGCUGUUCCUCCAUCCAAGCUUACACCCUGUGCUGACUUUGCUGUCCAAGCUGGGGCCUGGUGUCGGCAGUGACGAUGUUCAGUCACUCCGUGAAUUCAUGCAACCGGUCCAACAGCUGGCCGGCAGUGCAAUCUAUGCAGUACGGGAGCUGGCGGCCCGCUCACUGGUUCCCCUCAUACCGCAGUGCGACAUGCCACAGAAGAUCGCCGGUAUCAUCCACCAGCUGCCUAGCAGUGCCCAGUCCGUCCGAGAUUUCAAUCGUCUCCAUGGAGACCUGCUACAGGUGGAGAAGUUGUUUGAGGCCGCCGAGCAGAAUGAAAGUUUUCAACAGGAAGACUUGGUCUGUAUUCAAUCCAAGCUUAGCUCCCGAACAUGGAUAGCCGGGGACAGCAACCCCUGUGCUCCAAUCAGAGCCCUGUUUGUCAAUGUGGCCCUGGCUGUAAUUGCAGAGUGUCACCGAGUGUGUCCAGGUUCAGGGGCCAUAACCUGUGUGUCAAAAAUGAUGGACAUUUUGAGGGGAUAUUUUGAGAGCGCUCCUCCACCAUUUCAGAUUGGUAUAGCUACACUCAACGGUGUCAUGUCAGCUGCCUACCUUCGCUUGAUCACACUGACCUCAGAUACCGUGACCCCUGACCUGCUGACCUCAGCUCAGGCCCUUUUGACCUCGCAUGACUCCGACGUGAAAUUGGCAACUCUAGCAUACCUACAAUCAAACGUGACGGACAUUCUUGACUGCGGCGAUGUGUCCAGAAUACAGACACUCCGAGAAAAACUAGCAAACUUGUUGACAGACGCUGAACUAGACAUCAGAUGUUUAGAAAAGGCUCUUGCAUUGUGGGUAGACUUGGGACAAGGGGAAGGGCCUGUAUCCGAGCUGCCCUGUGAUUGGCAGUGCCUGUGGAAUGCACUGACGGGAUUGGUGGAGGGCAAAAGGGGGAGUGGCCUGCUUGCCGCUGCAUUGCCUGCUAUUGGUCAGAUGUUACAAUGGAGCAUACAGACUAAUCAAAACAGUUGGGUGUAUGUUGACGUCUGGUGUAACUGGAUGGUCACAUACAGCCAUCCCUCUCAAUGCGAGACCAAACGAUUAGCUACCGUUCAGUCCGUGAGAAUAGCUGCACCGAUAGUAUGGAGCAAAAUAGCAGACGAACACACCGAGGACCAAAUAGAUAUAGCUUUGGACUUGCUGAUUGCGCUGCUACACCUCUUACAAGAUGAGGACCAAGACAUUCGAUUGGCAGCUGCUGGGCUUGUGUCGCUACGGUUACCCAGAGGAGCACACUGUCUGCAAUUCAGUCAUCUUCACUGCAAUGUUGCUCAACAGGUGUUAGUUGACUACCUGUGUCGGGCGUUCUUCUGGUCUCCCAAAUUCAUGACAUCAGUUCUCGGCUUGCUUCAGGGAUCAGUGGAUUUAUCAGAAGCCACCCACCAACUUGCUUCUGGUGGUACUCAUCUGUUUGGACAAGAGAGUGCCAACAUUUAUGCUGAGGGUGUCAUGGAGGCAAAGGUUCUGUACCAAGCACUUGUGGAGACAGUAGAGAGGGAGCAAGCAGCCAAUCCCGAGAGCUUCCAGACCUGGCUGAGCAGCUGGUGUGAGGCAGCCCCCCUGCUGGUAGAUGCACAGGAAGAUUUAGCCAUCACACUGCAGAUACUUGAGACCGGUGUAACAAUGGGUGGGACAUUAUGUGGCGUGUCCAGCCACAGUAAACCCUACCAAACCAUCUACAGACAACUGCUGUAUGUAAGGUUCCUGUGUGGUGUAACCAAGAUAUUAGAUGCAGACGAGGUCGUUUUGGGUGCCAUGAAUGAACUACAGCUGACCCUCAAGCAAAUAGCCGAGAUGCCGUCUGUUCAUCCAUGCCUGAAGACUGAACUAUCUUCUCUUUCCCAGUUCAUCACAAGCCAACUGGAAUUGAAAGCAACAAAUGCACCUUAGCUUUGGAUGAGACGGCCCAUGUUGAACUUUCCCCCCUCAUUUUCCCCCCAUAUCCAAGGAUUUCGCAGCAUUAUUUAUUUUCAACUAAACCCAGGCAAGAGAAUCCUCCACGGAUCCGCGGAUUUCAGACUUCUGGAGAAAAACUAAACUUAAAAUUGUUCCGGGGCCCUUAAGCAGGCCCCGGAUCCCACGCCGUAAGGAAUUCACGCUUACACGCUCGCAUUAGUCCUCGGAGCACAAAUGAACCCUAUGUUAACAUUUUCAGACUUUUUGGUGAUUUUGUGUUCUCAUGCCUGUAAACCACAAAGGGAAACUGACUAGGUGCAUAAGCGUAGUUGAAAGAAAUUGACUGAAGCCGGGUUUGAACCUGCGACCUCUGGAUUGCCAUUCCGGUGCUCUACCAACUUAGCUAUCCGGCCCUAUGUUGACGGUUCCCCACUUCGUCAAUGUCUUUGUUCAAUGGGCGCUAGCCAGAAGCCAUAUACACCUGUAUAUUCCAUGUAGCCAGGGAUCACACCCAAAGUCACAACAUCUCUAACAUACCCCCUUUUAACACACUGUCUACAGCGACAGCACAUUGCAGCUUAACUCACUUCUUAUUCAGCAAACUUUGAAACAGUGGUUUUGUAGGCUUUUGUUUUGAAAUCAGUGGUACUCGGUCAUCCAUGACUGAAGAGACGCACAUGACAUAUCAAAGAAAAGCUAAUGAACUACCCUUUAACUUAAGAUGGAGCCACUUUGACAGUGUUCAAGUGCAUAACUUUUACAUUUUAACCAUUACUUUUGGAUUACCUUCAUUUUGAUACACCCUGUAAAUUUAACUUUCAAAUUAGGAUCAAUUGGAUCUGCUCUGUUAAUCAGCAAUAAAGCCUGCAUGAAGCAAUUUUGCCUUUGAAGUAUUAUUAAUUUGAGACAGUUACAACGGCGGAUCCAGGGGGACCCCCCAAAAACAUUGGUCAAAGUGGUUAGAAAUUGCCUCUGAUCGCACCACAGAGCAUCUAGAA